AUGUCAUUUUGUGUGUGAUGGCCUUUAACCUAAAAUUGAGCUGCCAUCUAGGCUCAACUUAACCUAAAUAAGCGCGUUAUCUCUUAGACGCUUACAGAAAUAAGUUAUUUUUUUAACAAAAAUUUUUGCAAGAAAAUUUGCCAAAGUGAGACAUAAAUACCGACUCAUGAUCCUAUAUUAUAUAUACAAUAUCUUAAAAAGAAAAUGGAAGAUAUUAUUUUUUGUCAUCUACUUAUUGAUAAUAGUUUAUCAAAUGAAUAUAAAAAGUUUUUUAUAUCCUUCUAUAACACAAUAUACAGAGAUAAAUAAGUGUCCAGUGUGUUAUGGAGUUUCUGCAUGCUUUAAUAUUUAUGAAGCAGAAUUAUGGCGUGAAUUCACUGUAGUACUUAUUCACUUAUUUGAUGUCAAAAAUGCGUUCUUUGGAACGUAUAAUCAAACCCAAGUAGUGUUAAAGAAAUUGGCAUACUCUACAGAAUUAAAAGCAUUUGAUAUUGCAUGGUGUAAUAAGUUCCAUCGACAAUAUCCUUGCUCAAAUAUUUUACUGGACAAUUAUACAACAGAUUUUUAUGAUUCUAUUGAACAAACUAUUACUUUGAAUUUCUCGAAGGACGAUGCUAGUCGUUUAAGACUUUGUCCAACGGUACAACAUUUGGAUGAUUUCCUUCGUAAUGUUCACCUUAACAACAAACAUUUUAUUAAUAACACACAAUAUUUAAUUAAUCUGUGGACAUUGGUUUCUAUAAAUCCGGAACCACUGAUUCUUCAGAUAUUAUCUGCUGAAGAUGGAUGGCCUGUACCAAAAUAUUUUGGAGCAUGUGGUCGGAUUGUUAUGGAAGAAUAUGUUGGACUCCCACUUUCUAGUUAUUAUGACAAGCCCUGGAUUCAAAGAGCAAAAAUCGUUUCAAGUCUUUUAAACGCCGCUUAUAUGUUUACAUUUAAAGAUGAAAAAUUUGGUUUUUAUUUAACAGAUGUUUCAGUUGAUAAUAUUGCUAUUGAUCACAUGAAAAGUGAAGCAAAAUUUAUUGAUUUAGAAAAUAUCAUUGUUGUCGACAAGAAUAUUUCUCAUGAAGACAAACCAAAAGAAUGGGAAGAAUUACAAGAGAACACGAUGCAUAUUCACUGUCCCAAUUGUUUUGCUUUUUCCGCUGAGGAUAUUUGCAAUCAUCAUCUGAGUGAUCAUAACUAUUACGCCAUUUGUCAACUUUUGUCAAAUUCAGAAAGUGAAUUUUCAUUUCCUGGUGGCUUUCUUCAUGACAUACCUAUCAGUAUUCAACAGCAAUAUCCAAAUAUUGAGAAUCUAUUGCAACAAUGUGCCAUUCCUAAUUCUACUAAUUCUACCAGGAUCACUUCCGGCCAACAACUGAAAACCCUAUUAGAUACAAUUAUAGAGAGACAUUAUCUCAAUAUGAAUGCAACGAAACAAAUAGUUUAAGUUAUAAUAAGUUUAAGUUAUGGUAACUUGAGAAAAAUAUUUUUAUAUUAAAUUAUUAUGUUGUAUAGCUCAG